UCUGAUCUGGAUUACGCAUACGGGUAUCAUUGGUUCACACCGACGCACCAGGCCUGUAGUUUGAAAGCUGUCUGGGCCCUGGCGAGCUGCACAAUUAGCCACACUGCGAACAAAGUUACAUGAUUUUUGAAAUAAAUUCAAGGAAUUGUUGAGCACAUUUUACCCGGAAAGACGCCUGCUGCCUCUGUUUUUGACAUCGCGGUUGCGAACGGGAGCAACGACCCCGGCAGGAUACGUGAAAGCAGCCUUUGAAUGGCAGUUGUUUUAUUGCAUCUUCACUGAGUUGCCUUGAACUCCACGCAAGGAGAAAAGAAAGCUAGCCAGCCAACUCGCGUGCUAUCCACUUCCUUGUUGCACACUGGAGAGUGAUGGGAGGCGAGAAGUUUGUGAGUUUUUUUACUUUCACUUUAACACUAUCCGCUUAAUGGAUAUACAUGCUUGCACGAAGCCGCAACAUUUCAGAAGAACUGGAUUUUAAAUGUGGAGGCCUGUGCUUGGACCAUGAAGUGGAAUACGACUGUCUUAGCAGGACGCAGCUAGUGGAGGCUAGCUGGCUAAACUGACUAGCAUUAGCCGGAGAUGUCCGUCCCGGAGUAACUACAAUGGUUGAGUAUCGACUGGCUUCUUUAACUUAACAUCAUAUUGUGGCUGUUGUGUGACUGAAUCUGCCAGCAUCGAGUGUCAUGAAUUAUCGUCUGAGUUAACUCCGCUUUAUCGGGUUUCUCAGCCGAGCUAGCUUCGUAAUGCUAACGUUAAGCUUGUGAUUUAGCUGGCUAGCUGGCUGGCUGUCUAAAUGUGAAUUCUGGUUUAACGUCAGCUAACUAGCCUGUUACACCGCUUACCCGAUGUUUUGUUCCACAGUUUAAGUAAAGUAACAUAAUAUAUAAAAGGUUAUUCUCAAAACCGUGUUGGCUAUAGCGUUAAUUUUGUAGAUAAAUGCCUAAUUCAGAGGUGCUUCGCGAGGGUCGGGGACGUAGCCCCUCCGCUCAGAGAAAUGCUAACAGGCAGGACAGGCGCAGUAAACCGGGGAGCGGUGCUGCCCAGCGGGAGAGGCACCGUGAGAAGAGGCGCUCAUCGGCUUCAAGUAGAAAGAAACGUAGACAGGCCAAGGGAAGAGACUUGUGGCAUGUCGGUACAACAGAAGACCCUGGCAAUGACCGAAAAGGCACUUUUGAAAAAGAGGUUGAACUCCGGACAUUGGUAGAGUAUGAUGACGUGAGCUCCCAGUCAGAGCGGUUUUCUGGGAGCCCCUCUCCUAAACUUGACCCCCAUGCUGACCGGCUUUCAGUGGAGCGGCUCAGCGAUGUUGACUUUGGUGACUAUAAUGGACCAGCAUCCCCUGACAGAAGUCACCCAAGAGACCGGGAGGCAGUCUGCCUCACCAAGGACGAGCAAACUAGAGGACCAUCUGAAAGGAGCAAGCAAGACAAGGAGCAGAGCAAGAAAAAGGACCGCCAGAGCCGGGAGAGAGACUCCUCAAAAGCUAGGAGUGGAGGUAGCCUGAGUGGCUCUAAAAACCACAGAGACACUACGAGGAGCAAUGACAGAAAUGGUAAAAGGACAUCUACAAGUCAGUCCUCACAAUCUGCAGAUAAAAGGGAUUCAAAAAGGCACAGAAGUAAAACAAGAUCUGAUAAAGAGCCCCCAUCUGCAUACAGAGAUGCUCCACAAUCUUACAGAGAUGACCGUGAAGACCUCAGGGCAUACAGGAGAAGUCCUGGUUUCAAAGCAGAAAGUCCCUAUGGGACAUCAUACUCGUAUAGCUACCAGUCGCCUGGUGGUUAUAACCAGCUGAUAUCUAAAAGAAGUCCAACUUAUGGGAGCAAAAGACUCUCUCCCAGUUCCACAUAUUACAGCCGGGAUGUAGAUGUGUAUGGGGCAUAUAAUAUGCCAAAGUCACCCAGUUCAUACUCCAGCAACAAAAGGAAGAGGUCCCCUGUGAGCCCAGCGAACUGGCGCAGGUCCCCGAGUUAUGGCCGACACAGUCCAUAUGAGCAAGGAGAGUUUGGUUCAAGUCCUUACGGAAACCGCAGGAGAUCACGAAGUCCAUACAGAAAGUCCCUGAGCCCAAGUCCAGAUGUCAGGCGAUCUGCUAGGUCACGUAGCAGAAGUCCAUACUCAUCCUCAAGGCAUUCACGUUCUCGUAGCCGUCACCGCCACUCUCGCUCCCGCAGUCGCCCCUCUAGCCUUUCUCCGAGCACACUCACCUUCAAAACCAGCCUCGCCGCUGAGCUCAGUAAGCAGAAAAAGGCUAAAGCUGCAGAAGCAGCCGCCAAGGCCAAGAACUCCAGCAACACAUCUACACCAACCAAGGGCUCCUCAUCUGCACACCAGCCCAGCCCUAAGUCCAAUCACGCAUCCAGAAAGGGCCGCCCUCCCUCUCCACCACCACCAGAGAAAGGUCCCAGAACUCCCACAUCCAGCCAGCCUCAGUCCCCCUCUGACAGGUCGUCCAAGAGGACCAGCGAGCACCAGACCAGCAGGGACAGAGACGGAAAGGGGAAAGAUGACUCUGUACAUCGGGAUAAGAGGAAAGCACCAGCAUCUGGACAGGGCAAAGACAAGGAACGAGCCACUGGUCCACUCAUCUCUAAUAUGUCAUCCCUCCCAUUGCCCCAAACAGUUCUUGAGCACAUGGAUAAAGGAGAAAGCUUGAAGGACAGCUUGCUCUCAGGGAAGAAGAAGUCAGACCGGAAGGCCCGUCAACUUCUGUCUGACUUGCCUCUCCCCCCCGAACUUGCUGGUGGUACAUCUUCCCCACACAGCCCACCUGAGGACAAAAAAUCCCAAACACUGCGCAAAAGGCCUAAAAUUUGCGGCCCAAGAUAUGGUGAGAUUAAGGAAACUGAGAUAGACUGGGGAAAACGCUGUGUGGACAAAUUUGAGAUUAUUGGAAUCACAGGGGAAGGCACCUACGGUCAGGUGUACAAAGCUAAAGACAAAGACACAGCUGAAAUGGUGGCUUUGAAAAAGGUUCGAUUGGACAAUGAAAAGGAGGGCUUCCCAAUCACAGCCAUCAGAGAGAUAAAAAUUUUGAGACAACUCAACCACAAGAGCAUCAUAAACAUGAAGGAAAUCGUCACAGACAAGGAGGAUGCUCUGGACUUCAAGAAUGAUAAAGGUGCUUUCUAUCUUGUAUUUGAGUACAUGGACCACGACCUGAUGGGUUUGCUGGAGUCUGGUCUGGUCCAUUUCAACGAGAGCCACAUCAAGUCUUUCAUGCGGCAGUUGCUGGAGGGCCUCGAUUACUGCCACAAAAAGAACUUUCUGCACAGAGACAUCAAGUGCUCCAAUAUUCUGCUCAACAACAAAGGUCAAAUAAAGCUUGCAGACUUUGGUCUUGCUCGGCUGUAUAACUCUGAAGAGAGUCGACCAUACACCAAUAAAGUGAUUACACUAUGGUACCGUCCCCCGGAGCUGCUCCUGGGAGAGGAGAGGUACACGCCAGCUAUCGAUGUGUGGAGCUGCGGAUGCAUACUUGGAGAACUGUUCACAAAGAAACCGAUCUUUCAGGCUAAUCAGGAGCUCGCCCAAUUGGAGCUUAUCAGCCGAAUAUGUGGAAGUCCAUGCCCCGCCGUCUGGCCAGAUGUAAUAAAGCUUCCCUUCUUUAACACCAUGAAACCAAAGAAACAGUACAGGAGACGACUACGAGAGGAGUUCGCUUUCAUUCCUCCGUCUGCCUUGGACCUGUUUGACCACAUGCUAAACCUGGACCCCAACAAACGCUGUACGGCUGAACAGGCGUUAGGCAGCGAGUUCCUCAAGGACGUGGACCCGGACAAAAUGCCCCCACCAGAUCUUCCACUGUGGCAAGACUGUCACGAGUUGUGGAGUAAGAAACGCCGGCGGCAGAAGCAGAUGCCGGAGGAACUGGCAGCUCCUAAGGCGCCCCGUAAAGAACUGGGCCUCGACGACAGCCGCAGUAACACUCCCCAGGGCUUCCCUGCUCCUGGAGGCAUCAAAGCCCAGAACGCAGCUGCCUCUGCGCUGCUGGACCCAAAGGGUCCAAACUCCCAGUUGACCCAGGAGCAGCUAGCAGUCCUCCUAAACUUCCUCGGCCAGCCCAAGAGCGCAGUGAACACGGCCCAGUUUGUGCAGACCAUGAGCACAAAGGUCAACCAGGAGACAUUACAGCAGAUCUCCAAAGUCCUAGCUCCCACCGACCCAGCCGAGCCGCCUCCUCCUCAACCUACACCCACCAAACCUCCCCAGCCAGCUGCUCCAGCAGGAGUGCCCCGUACACCCCCGAUGCCCAAGCCUCCUUCACCCCCCAUGUCUGCGCCGUCAAGCCUCCCGGAAGGAGAGGCCGCAGCAGCCACUCAGACAGCCAUGACGAUGCUGCUGGCUCAACUGCUCCAGGCUCAACAGGCUCAGAGGCAGGAACCGAGCGAUGGUGGCGGAGAAGGGGUGGAGAGCACCAACCCUGCAGCAGGAGCACCCGGGGGCCCUCCUCUUCCUCCAGAGGUUAAACAGCCUCCAGAGCCCAGCCCUGUCUCUCCAGUGUCAGAGGUAGGUGGAGUGUCCAUCCUGCCUCCAGACCAGAGACCACCUGAGCCUCCAGAGCCACCUCCACACGCUGACCUGGACUACCGGCAGCCACCACCUGAGCCCAAGACAGGCCACGCUCCCCCCAUCGCAUCUGCAGGUGGAGGUGACGGAGGGAGACCCCCAGAGCCGGACUACCCACCUCUCCCUACCGCAGAAGGGCCCGGAUACGGGGGAGAAUACAGCCAUCCGCCUCCCCCACCCUUCACCCCUGCGGGGUUCGGGGAGAGCUACAUGGGCCACAUGUUAGGUGGAGGCCUGCCACCUCACACUCUGAGGGAAGUGUUUAGCGGGCCCAGCCAGGCCGCUGGCUCCUCCUCUGCCGCAGGGGUUCUGGCUCCUGCCCACCCUGAGCCCUUCCCCCCAAGCGCAGGAGCCACCGGAGCCAGCAGCAUGGUGUUCACCGGGGACAAGGACCACCGCUUCGAGUACAAUCACAGCCCCUUACAUGUGGAGGGACAGCCCAACCCCAGUGCUAUCCACCUGUACAACCACAGCAUGACUAGAAAGGAUGGUGUACCUCCUCCCCCACCCAUCCCGGCACCAGGCCAACCUUGGGGCUCCCCUUCUCAGGUCGGGGCUCCGCCACUACCCCUCGGUUUUGUCCCACACGUGAACUCAACAGCAACAAUCAGAGGACGAGGCCUGCCUUUCUGAUAGACUGGAAAUAUGAAAUGGCAGUUUGUAACAAUGGACAAAAGGCUAGAGGACUCAACUUUGAGCCUGGAGCCUCUCAGGCCAGACCAGAGGGAUCUGGAGAUGCACACUCAAUUUGUAAUAACUUAAUUCUGUGUAAGGCAUUGUAUUCCUCCUCGAUCUGGAAUGCGGAGUACGUUGCAGAAGGACAGCUGAAUAACACCGGAGGAGCUUUUCUUGCUCAUACCAUUUUCAUAUUUUUUUGUAAUCUAUUCUGCUGUCUUUUAAAUUAAACUUUUACCUUUUUGAGUGUACAUUUAUCAGGCCGGGUAAAUUUUAAACCUCUACCUUUAGCCUUUCUGUAAUUUGCUCCAGGGCAGAGUAGUAUUAAUGUUUUGCACUACUGACUGAAGUAGGCGGAAACUAUUUUAGCUAUGAAAGGAAACGGAUGAUGUGCUUUAUCUGCACAAUUAGGAAUAUGACCAGUAAUGUAGUUUCCUCUUUUUUUUUAUGGUCAUGAUUAUGUUGAAACAAGGAUGGCUCAGUUGAUUGGGUUGAUGGCUUUAGGUAUCAGCACAGGGAGCUAUUUGAGGAAAAGGACUGUUAGUUCCAGAGAGACUGGUAGCACUUGGAUGACUGCAGCAAAUCUGAUCUGACUUCAUGGAGAAAGGCUGUUUUCACUUUAAAUUCCACAUGCCUUUUUUCCAAUAGGUAUUGUAAAAUCAUGAGCAAAACAAACACACGUAACCCAACUUCAAACAAACAAUGUCUUUUUUUUUUUUUUUUUUCUUUUUUUUUUUUUUUUUUGUACUAAAAUGAUUUUGUCCCCCACCCUCCUCCUUUGGCAAAUGUUUAUUAAAGAAAUGCCAACAAUGUA